ACUUAGAAAGAUGUUGGGUCAAGGUUCUAGGAGCAGGACAGAGUGUUCCUGUCAUAGUACACACUAAGUUUCCCACUAGCAGAGUCCUCGCCAUGUCAUUUCUACCUCCAAAGUCAUCAGAGCCUGCUUGUCCACAUCUGGUCCAGGUGGGAGUACAAGGAAGGCUGCUUCUACACCCAUGAGCACAAAUACGUCUGUGUGGGACAGUCCACUGAACGUCGUCAUUUAGUCCAGCCCAUUGCAGGCAUUCCUGGAACAGACUAAGGCUGGACCAACAUGGCAUCUGUGUUUCGAAGUGAGGAGAUGUGUUUAUCCCAAGUGUUUCUCCAGGUGGAGGCUGCGUAUUGCUGUGUAGCUGAGCUGGGAGAGCUUGGCUUGGUUCAGUUCAAAGAUCUAAAUGCAAAUGUGAACAGCUUCCAGAGGAAGUUUGUGAAUGAAGUCCGAAGGUGUGAGUCACUGGAGAGAAUCCUGCGUUUUCUGGAAGAUGAGAUGCAAAACGAGAUUUUAAUCCAAGUGCCUGAGAAGGAUGCUGAGACCCCUCUCCCUCGGGAAAUGAUCACCCUGGAGACGACUCUAGAGAAGUUGGAAGGAGAGCUGCAGGAAGCCAACCAGAGCCACCAGGCUUUGAAGAAGAGCUUUCUGGAACUGACAGAGCUCAAAUACCUCCUAAAGAAAACCCAGGACUUUUUUGAGACAGAAACCAACUUAGGUGAAGAUUUCUUUGUUGAAGACACUUCGGGUCUCUUGGAGCUAAGAACCAUACCUGCCUUCAUGACUGGAAAGUUGGGGUUCACGGCUGGUGUGAUAAACAGGGAGAGGAUGGCUUCCUUCGAGAGGCUGCUGUGGAGAGUUUGCCGGGGAAACGUGUACUUGAAGUUCAGUGAAAUGGACACACUUCUGGAGGACCCUGUGACGAAAGAAGAAAUUAAAAAGAAUAUAUUCAUCAUAUUUUACCAAGGAGAACAGCUCAGGCUGAAAAUCAAGAAGAUCUGUGACGGGUUUCGUGCUACCAUCUACCCCUGCCCAGAGCAUGCAGCAGAGCGCAGAGAGAUGCUGACCAGUGUCAACGUGAGGCUGGAAGACUUAAUCACCGUCAUUACCCAAACAGAGUCUCACCGACAGCGCCUGCUGCAGGAAGCAGCUGCCAACUGGCACUCCUGGGUCAUCAAAGUACAGAAGAUGAAGGCCGUCUACCAUGUGCUGAACAUGUGCAACAUUGACGUCACCCAGCAGUGCAUCAUUGCCGAGAUCUGGUUCCCAGUAGCAGACACUAGACACAUUAAGAAGGCCCUGGAGCAAGGCAUGGAACUCAGUGGCUCCUCCAUGAUUCCCAUCAUGACAGAAGUGGAAACUAAAACAGACCCUCCCACCUUCAACAGGACGAAUAAAUUUACAGCUGGCUUCCAGAACAUUGUUGAUGCGUAUGGUGUAGGUAGCUACCGAGAGAUAAACCCAGCUCCCUACACUAUCAUCACCUUCCCCUUCCUGUUCGCUGUGAUGUUUGGAGACUGUGGUCAUGGAAUGGUGAUGCUGAUGGCAGCCUUGUGGAUGGUCCUAAAUGAGAGGCACUUGCUGGCUCAGAAGAGCACCAACGAGAUGUGGAACAUCUUCUUCAAUGGGCGCUAUUUGAUCCUGCUCAUGGGUAUCUUCUCCAUCUACACCGGCUUGAUCUACAACGACUGUUUCUCCAAAUCUUUUAACAUCUUUGGCUCCUCUUGGAGUGUCCAGCCUAUGUUCAGAAACGGCACGUGGAAUACUCACAUCGUGGAAAACAGUCCAUAUUUGCAGCUGGACCCAGCCAUCCCAGGAGUGUAUUCUGGGAAUCCCUACCCAUUUGGAAUUGAUCCGAUUUGGAACCUGGCUUCAAACAAGCUUACAUUUUUAAACUCCUAUAAGAUGAAGAUGUCAGUCAUCCUGGGAAUCGCUCAUAUGAUUUUUGGUGUUAUUCUCAGCCUCUUCAAUCACAUUUACUUCAGAAGAACCCUCAACAUCAUUCUGCAAUUCAUUCCCGAGAUGAUUUUUAUGCUGAGUCUGUUUGGAUACCUGGUUUUCAUGAUCAUUUUCAAGUGGUGCCGAUAUGAUGCCCACACAUCCCGGAAGGCUCCUAGCAUCCUCAUCCACUUUAUCGGCAUGUUUCUGUUCGACUACGAUGACUCUUCCAACGCACCCCUGUAUGGACAUCAGCAAGAAGUCCAGACUUUCUUUGUCAUCAUAGCGCUGGUGUCUGUGCCAUGGAUGCUUUUGAUUAAGCCAUUUGUUCUUAGAGCCAAGCACCAGAAAUCUCAGCUGCAGUCUUUCACGAUCCACGAGGAUGCUGUGGAGGGUGACCACUCGGGCCACUCUUCUAAGAAGACUGCAGGUGCCCAUGGGAUGAAGGACGGCCAUGAGGAGGAGUUCAACUUUGGAGACAUCUUUGUCCACCAAGCCAUUCACACCAUUGAGUACUGCCUAGGCUGCAUCUCUAAUACAGCCUCGUACCUUCGGCUCUGGGCCCUCAGCUUGGCUCACGCUGAGCUGUCCGAGGUGCUCUGGACCAUGGUCAUGAGCAUCGGCCUUCGCCUUCAAGGCUGGGCAGGGCUCGUUGGUGUCUUCAUCAUUUUUGCGGUCUUCGCCGUCCUCACCGUGGCCAUCCUCCUUGUCAUGGAGGGUCUCUCAGCCUUUCUGCACGCCCUCCGGCUGCAUUGGGUGGAAUUCCAGAACAAGUUCUAUGAGGGGGCUGGCUCCAAGUUCUCCCCCUUCUCCUUUAAGCACGUCCUGGAAGGCACAGCUGAGGAGUAGGUCUGUCUGUAUCCUGGUGCAGGCGACAGCUGAAGAAGCUCUCACUCUUGUCUCUGACAUCAGCCCAGGCCAGGUGUCCCAUGCUGCAGUCCUUCUGAAUGGCUGUCUGCAGUGUGAAGCUGUGUAUGGUGCAGUAUUUAACAGGACUUAGCCACCUAACUGAGGGGCUACUUUGGUGAAUCAUUCGGACUUCAUGUGUAGUCUUCAUGAUCAAAUACUAAAAUAACUGGGAAACGGGGGGGGGGGGGGGGCGGACAUGACACUUGACCACCAUCUUCCUGUGAUAGUUUAUUUUUAUUUUACUUCCUUUCUGUUUGAGACAAGGUCUCUCUAGCUUUAACUGUUCUGGAAAUAACCACACGGCCAAGGAUGUCCUUGACUUUGAACUCAGGUUCCUCCUGCCUCUACUUCCCAAAUGCUGAGAUGACAGGCAGGAACCCCCUCACCUGAAGUUCCUGCAGUAUUUCAAGUGUUAUAAUCAUGAAAAUAAAUGUCUGCUUUAUUCAC